UCAACGCACUGAGUGAGUGAGCAAGUCUACCACACCGGUUAUAUCUCUAACCUCUCUCUCCGAGUUUCUAUUCUUUCUUUUUAUCGAACACAUAGACUGCAACCGAAGAAGAAGAAAAGAAACCUAAAAAAUGCAUUCAUUCGGUUACAGAGCCAACGCUUUGCUAACCUUUUCGGUUACGAUUCUUGCUUUUAUGUGCGCCAUGGCUUCUCUCUCCGACACUCUCAAUUCCCCUUCACCUUCUGCACAAGUCCAGGUGUUGAACAUUAAUUGGUUUCAGAAACAGCCCAACGGCAAUGACGAGGUCAGCAUGACAUUGAAUAUUUCCGCAGAUUUACAGUCUCUGUUCACAUGGAAUACAAAACAGGUUUUUGUAUUUUUAGCUGCUGAAUAUGAUACACCAAAACAUCCUGUGAAUCAGAUAUCCCUGUGGGAUGGUAUUAUUCCCUCUAAAGAGCAAGCUAAGUUUUGGAUUCACACAUCAAAUAAAUACCGCUUCAUUGAUCAGGGAAGCAAUUUGCGCGGUAAAGAAUAUAACUUGACUUUGCACUGGCAUAUUAUGCCAAAAACUGGAAAAAUGCUGGUAGAUAAAUUAGUAUUGCCAGGUUAUCGAUUGCCUGAGGCAUACAGAUGAUGUUUCUUGUCAUGUUAACGUUUUUGAUGUAACUUUAGACUUUUCUAUAUCAGAUAUAUAAGUUUCCUUCAAAGAACUAGAAUCAGUGCAAAGAAAUAUGUGAUUUUAGUGGAAAUGAAUAGCUUUUGAAUACUUGAUGCGAAAUUUGCCUGUGAUGUGUGGUUUUGAAUUGUUUCAACUUUAUUGUUCUCAAGUAGGAAGUGGGUCCUCUAAAUCAAAUGAACGGUACUACAGUUGAGAUGACUCUUUGAUCUAAAGAAAUAAAACUUCACUAUUUAAAUUUAA